GAGAAGCUGCAUCCAAACAGAGAACAGGAUAUGAACGUGAACGAUGAUAUGACCGGAUACGUCGGAGAGAGAUUCCAUUGACAACAACAUAUAGUACGUUGCUGGCAGCUUGCGGAGAGAUAAGGAGAAGAAGAGAGAUGGGGACGAGGGAGAAGGACAAAGAUCUACAGCGUCUGAUACCAGUUGAUCACAAUGACAGAGGAAAAGGCUCUGAUUCCGAUUCCAAUUCCAAAUCGUCGUCAAUAUCGCCCUCUCCUCUCGUUUCGAGCUCCGGAAAACAGGCAUUUUACAAAGUAUUUCGUAGCUGGGCUUCAAAAAAGUUUAUGUCAGGAUGUGUCAUUUUGCUUCCUAUUGCAAUCACAUUUUACACCACUUGGUGGUUUAUUCAUUUCAUGGAUGGGUUCUUCUCUCCAGUGUACGAACAUCUCGGUAUCAAUAUAUUUGCAGGUCUUGGAUUUGUGACCUCUAUCACUUUCAUCUUCUUGGUUGGUGUGUUCAUGUCUUCAUGGGUGGGAGCCUCUCUUCUUGGCUUGGGGGAGUGGUUUAUCAAGAAAAUGCCCGUUAUGAGCUAUAUAUAUACUGCCUCAAAACAAAUAAGUGCAGCAAUAUCACCAGACCAGGGUUCCCAUGCCUUCAAGGAAGUGGCAAUCGUAAGGCAUCCGCGGAUUGGGGAAUAUGCAUUCGGCUUCAUCACAUCUACAGUUAUUCUUCGUAAGAGCUCAGGAGCAGAAGAGCUCUGCUGCGUCUACGUGCCAACCAACCACCUUUAUCUGGGUGAAAUUUUUCUCGUCAAUUCCAAGGAUAUCAUGAGACCUAACCUCUCUGUUCGAGAAGGGAUUGAGAUUGUCAUCUCGGGAGGCUUGUCCAUACCACAAGUAUUGACUGUAACGGAUCCUCAAAGCAUUCUUUCGCCAAGAGUUGGGAAAUUUACCAUCCCACAAGUUUAACAGUCAUCUCUUGAAUGAUGAAAUUUUUGUUUUACAUUUGUGGGAAGACUUAGAAUAUAGGGCUAGGCCAGAAUACCAUAUUAUUAGAAGGUAGAUUAUUGAGAGAGAAGUUCAAACUUCUCCAAGACAGGAAAACUCAUAACGUUGAUUUUCGUGUUAAGAAAGUGUUCGUGUUUUGGGGUCUUUUUUAGACUUUGUUGGUGAUUGUAAGCAAGAGCUUCAUAUGUUUUCACUAUACGUUGUUUCCAUGUCCAUUGACGGGUUGAGUCUAGUAAGAGUUCGAUCUCAUGUUUCGGCUUGCUAGAAGAAGGAAGCUUAAUUUGUGGAACGAUUAACUACUAUUCUGCAAGCCUACAAGUUAAAGCCAAAUAGCCAAUAUUGGCUGGUAAUGACAAGUUUCCUACUGGUUAAGAUAUCAGCCCAGAGAUCCUCAUUAUUGAGUGAGUUUCUCGAUCCUGUCAUAUGGGGGAUGCAACAACUACUAGUCUCUAUUAUACGAGAAAUUAUUCUGUGUUUUUGAGUCACCACUUAAACAUUUUGACCUAGUCUCUAUUGUACGAGAAAUUAUUCUGUGUUUUUGAGUCACCACUUAAAUAUUUUGACCAAAAAAUAUGAUGGCAUAUAAAUUUUC